CAAGGGGACAAUUGAAGUCUGGUGUACAACCAAACUUAUACUGUAGAUCUACAGAGACAUCAUGAGAGCCACUGCAGCCGUCCUACUGGUCCACUGUCUCCUGGCCAUCAGUCAUGCAUGGGAUUGUCAGGAGGUAGUAAACAUCAAUAAUCUGAUGCAGAUCGAUGCAGGACUGGGACAAGUGGUUGCAACGGACACAAGUCAACUCCCCUACUACCUGGUAGGUGAUGAAUGGAUCCGCCUGCCUGGUUCCCUGAAGCAUAUCACUGUGGGACCAGCAGGGAUCUGGGGUGUCAACAAGGGAGACUCAAUCUACAAGUAUGUGGCCGGUAACUGGGUGCAAGCUGCAGGCCUUCUGAAGCAGGUGGAUGCUGGGGGUAACCAGUUUAUUGUGGGGGCCAACAUGAACGAUACUCCGUACUGUCUGACAAGUAGUGCCACAGUUGGCUACAAAGGUCCAGGCUCACCCCUUCCAUGGACAGGAUUGCCAGGAGCUGUGAAGUACUACAGUUGUGGACCCUUUGGGUGCUGGGCAGUCAACAACAAUGAUGAUAUCUUCUUAAUGAGUCUGAAUCAAGACUGCCAAAACCAGGGGUGGAGUCACAUUGACGGCAAGCUUUCCAUGAUUGAGGUGGCAACUGAUGGUAGUGUCUUUGGGGUCAACUCUUUGGGUGAUGUUUAUACCAGAGACGGCAUCACAGCCAGUAAACCAGAGGGCACUGGAUGGAGCAAUGUCCCAAUGUGCUUGCGGAUGAAGCACGUGACCUACGACCUGGGCCGUCUUUGGGUCGUCUCCAAGUCUGGCGUCACCAUGGUGUGCACACGUUAGCCUCUCCUCUGCAUCUGAAGGCCGAUCAGGAUCUGUCUAAAGUUCACUUGCUAACUCAAUGAUCUCUCUUUCUGGAACAGCCUUCUACUUGAGAAUUCUCAACAUUAGUUCAUAAGAAUCCUUCAUUUUAAAACCUAUUGCUCUAACUAUAUUUUUUCAGUACUUUAUCCCUGUCAAUAGUAAACACUGAUCUUAUUGACAUAAUCAAAAAAAAAAUCAUGAAUGAAGAUUUUUCUCACAAAAAAUUGAUAAGCAACAGCAUUAAAAAAGUAUCUUUGUUUUGAUCACUCCUUGAUUAACACUUCAAUAGAGAUUUGCCAUGGAUGCUAUUUGAUCGUAGUGUAAACUUGGGCACGGUCAUGUUGCUCACAAUCCACAUGGGUUUUGCUGUGGUUCAGAGGUCAUCAAUAGGGUUGGAUGGAAUCCUUGUCAUUGCUUAUUAUCUCAUUAUAUAACAGUUUCCCGCAAAAAUAAAGCAUUCAGUUUGAAACUA